AUGUCGUUAUUCGUUCUUGCUUUUGUCAUUUUUGUCGACAAGACAAAUGGAAACCCUGGACACAAUCCUGAUCAAACCUUGGAGUUUUAUAAACCAGCUCCAAAUAAUUUUUUGUCUGCCUCCGCGUACGCCUCUAACAACGUACUUGUAAAGAGAGGGAUGAUGAAUUUGAACUUCAAACGUCGACAGUCGCAAAUAAAUACUUUAAAACACAAGCAGGACGACGAAGAUUCGUUUCGUAAGAAGCACAGCCAGAGACCUAAAAGAUUCAUCUCUGAUUUAGAUUUUGAUGAUUUGAUGUCAAGAAAUCAUGGUUUUGGCAAGAGAGAAACUAAAACUAAUGUCAACGGCACGGUGACAGUCUUGCAAGAAAUGAGUUCUCCGAAAACGGUUGCUAACAAUUUAACACACAAUCUCACUGUUGCUAGCAAGGACGCCAAAAAUGACAGUCAAAAAAUUUUGACACUAAAUUUAAACAAAUUUUCAUCUGGUGACCAUCUAGCCAGUUUUAGACUCUUUCAAGACUUAUUCAACAACUUACUAUCGGAACAUAGAAAGCGUGAGAGAAUCUUCAGGAACUCUUUUCUGAGAAGCAACCACAAGCACCACCAAAACAUCAGCCACAAGUCAAACGACAGCGAUGCUAACAAGUUCGGCACCUUUAAGUUCGGUUUCUACUACGGCGAAAAAUUUGAACCAUCGCCGAGACCAAAAGUACAACCGGUAAAUGCAGCAGUCUCACCAGGUCCGAUGAAGUCAAACUCGCCUAUCGAUGAUCUCAAAUCCGAUCAAGUAGAAGUCGGUUUCCUUAUAAGUUUUAGCGGCUUUCAGUCGGAUACCGACGAUGCCAACAAAACAGAGCACAAGCAACUCGCGAAGAAAAUGGCACAAGAGAGAAUUAGAAAGGAACAUUCAAAGAAGUUGAAGAAGCGAUUGAACAGCAGCAGAAGAUACCUGCCCAAGUAUUUUGCUGCAUCCAACUAUCUUGACGAUGAUGCUUUGAAUGUCUGGAGAGCAAGUUCGAAAAUCAGAUAA